CUCUUCAACGGAUCCUUCUCCUUCUUCUUCCAUUAGACCAUUUCACAGAGACCCUUUCAACCCCACCAAUUAAAAAGAGAAGAAAACCCAUCUUUUUUCUAUAUAAAUAAAUACUUGGUUCUUAAAAAAAAAAAAAAAUCCCAUAUCUGAUAUCACCAAUUCUCCACCCAAUGGAUUGCUUGGUCCUCCCCUGCCACGCCAUGAAGAGACGCCGCCCACGCCGUGCCGUCGGUUACCGCCGCCUCAAAGACUCCGGGCCGGAGAGUCCGGUGACGGUGGUGGUGGGGAAGGAAAAGAGGGUGUUUUUGGUGGACCCUUUUGUGUUGGAACAGAAUCCAUUCAGAGUUCUGAUGCAGACCCAGAAGAGGGAAAGUGAAACCCAUCAUUCAGAUGAUGAUGAUGAUGAGUGGAGAAGAAGAAGAACGAGAAGAAGAAGGAGGAGGGUGAUUCUUGUUGAUGUUGAUGCCAUUUUGUUCGAGCAUUUGCUGUGGCUCUUGUACAACGAUUCUCCUUCUUUGUUUAAUCUCAAUGUUGAGGAAAUUCUUGAAUUUUAUGCUCUAGAUUGUUAAUUAGUUAUUUUCCUUGCACACACACACACAAAAUUUAGAAUUCAAUUCAAGCUAUUGAAGCCUCUACCUAUGGUGUUCAUAAAUCAUAUAUAUGAUGGAAAUUAUACAAAAACAGAAAUAAAAGAUUGAUUUUUUUAAAUUUUCUA